ACCAUGUUUACAAGGGCACUCAAGCCAACAAAAAAUAAAAAAUAAAAAAUAAGCCCAUUAUAUAAAACACUCCACAAGUCACAAAUGGUCCAAACUCUCCGUAUGAAACUCUCUCCUCUCAUAAAACACUAGUCCUCAACUCCCUCACAACCAUCACAAACCUCUCUUCAAUCACCACACAAUGGCCACUAACCACCUUCACCCUCUACUUCUCCUCCUCCUCCUCACCGCCCUUCCACCACCGUCCCUCUCCGACGACCCAACAGCCUUCGUCUACGCCGGUUGUUCUCAGCUCAAAUACACACCAGGCUCUCCCUACGAGUUCAACGUAGACUCCAUCCUCUCCUCCAUCUCUACCUCCUCUCCUCUCACCUCCUUCUCCAACUUCACUGCCUCCAACGCCUCCCCUUCUUCCCCUGCCUACGGCCUCUACCAGUGCCGCGGUGACCUCUCCCUCUCAGACUGCCAAUCCUGCAUCCACUCCUCCCUCUCUCAACUCUCCGCUCUCUGUCCUUCCGCAGUAGGCGCCGCCCUCCAACUCCAAGGAUGUUAUUUCCGCUAUGGAAACGAGUCCUUUCUUGGCGUUCUAGACACCACCCUUGUCUACAAGAAGUGUGGCCAAGCCUUAUCCAUCAAUGGGGUUUAUGACCCUAACAUGCUUAGCAUGAGAGAAGCCGCCUUGAGCCAGCUUCAACAAGGUGGUGGAGGUGGAGGUUUUCCGGUGAGUUCUAGUUAUAGAACUGGAGGUGCUGUGAACUUCCAAGCUAUCUCACAGUGUGUUGGGGAUAUUAAUGCUAAGGAGUGUGGUGACUGUGUCUCUGCUGCCAUAGUGCAGUUGAAGAGCAGCUGUUCUUUUGCUGUUAGUGGUGAUGUGUACUUGGGAAAGUGCUAUGCCAGGUUCUGGUCUUCUGGUGAUUAUGGCCGUAUGUCUAACGGUGGUGGUGGUGGAGGUAUUGGUGGUGGUGGUGGUGGUGGUGGUGGUAAGAGCAUUUCUCCGGCCACCGCCUGUGCGAAUGAUGAUGCUAGUAAAAACUGGGCGAUUGUGAUCGGAAUCGUUGCCGGAGUUAUUCUCAUAAUUGUUUUCCUCUCCUUCAUCCGAAAGUCUGCAAGUGGUAAAAAGUGAAGAGCUUAUUUGUUUACUUAGCUUAAAAGGUAAUGGUGGAAAAGAAACUUGAAUGGGGGAACUUUGUUAAGCUUUUGUUUUCUCUUUAGCUCUUUUAGAUCUCUCUUCUCUUUCUCUGUGAAAAGAAGGAAGAGGCUGGAAAGAUGUGGAUGAGUAGGGCAAGGUGGCAAAGAUAUACAUGAUAGGUUGCUAAAAGGAGAAGAUUCCCUUGUCCAUGACAAUAAUGGAGGAUUAAUGUAUAAUAAAAUAAAAAAAAAUAAAAAUUAUUGUUGCCUCAAAUUAUUUUUUUUAAUUUUUUUUUUUGUAUUUUAUCUCUAAUUUGUACAACUUUUCAUCAGCAUUCUUGUUCCUUCUCCUGUUUGUUUUGGUGGUGUAAGGGUAUGGUUGGUGGCUUUUAUCAA